AAAUUUACCACUGUAAUGAAGUGAAGAACAUGUCGCUUCACUAUGCAAGUGAUGAUUCCCAUUGUGGUUCAUGCAACCUGAUGGAUGUUGAAUUUAGAGAUAGAGACAGAAUUGAAUCUGAAGUAGAGUCAAACCUAGAUUUUCAGUGUCAGAAGAACUCUCUGUUAGACAGAGUGUCUGGUGAUGUGAGUGUUGCAUCAAACACAUUUAGGAACUGCAGCAUGUCUAAUUCAUUACAUAGCAGUGAGCGGUGGCUGGGAGAUGAUGAUUUAUCACAUAUGGAUACGGGCCCCAUAAGUGAAAUAUGUUCAACUGACAUGGGUCAGCUCCAACAUAAGGAAAUAAAUGUUUCUGAUAGUUCUUUUGACUGCCAGUAUCAGUUGAUGUGCAUGGAUGACAAGCUUUUGCUGGAGUUGAAUAGUAUUGGUAUCAAUCCCGAUUCUUUGCCUGAUUUGGCGGAAGGGGAGGAAGCAAUAAAUAAAAAUGUGGUCGAACUUAAUGAAUGUCUCUAUCAACAGAUUUGGAAGAAGAAGAAAAAGUUGGGGAAGAUUGAUAAAGCUAUUGAGUAUGGGAGAGAUGUAGAAAAAAGGGACAUUGAGCAUGUUGCAAUGGACCACUUAAUUGAGACGGCUUACAGGAGACGUUUGGCAUGUCGUAGGAGUAAUUCGUCAAAAAGUGCCGUUCGUAAGGUUUCAAAACAAGUUGCAUUAGCUUUUGUCAAGCGAACUGUUGAGAGAUGUCGAAAAUUUGAACAGACGGGCAAUAGUUGCUUUAGCGAACCUGCUUUGCAAGAUAUCAUGUUUUCUGUACCUCCGUGCAGCAAUGAAGAAAAAUCUGUCGAUUGCAUUGGCUCCGGAACUGCUAGUAAUAUUUGUAAUGAAACUUCCAACCACCAAGCGGAAGCCAGGGGCUCAGGUGCUGUUUCUAGUACUUAUGAGAGGAAUGAUUCGUCGGAGGCUCUUCCAGCCAUCCAAUCGUCUGAGCACGCUGUUUCCAAGUAUGGGUCUAUGUUGAACAAAGGGAGGAAGAGGGAAGUACUUAUUGAUGAUGUUGUCGGUAGUGCUUCGUCUAGGGUAGCAUCGACUCUUGAUGGCAGUGUCGGAAGAGUAAACGGAAGGGAGCAAAGCAGAGAGAAUUUAAGAAAUACUAGUUCAAAGGACGAAUGGCAAACGAAGGCAAAAGCCAAGCAAAAGAAUAGUCAUCUAUCGAGUUCUGGAAAUGGAUUCAACGGAAGGCUUACAGAAACUUUGAAACCCACGGAUAAGAUUCAUCAGAAUUCAACCAAAAAAGCGGAGGAGCCAAUGGAUUUUGGAAACUUGCAACUAAACGAGUUGGAUAGGAUGGAAGAAUUGGGUGUUCCGAAUGAGCUUGGUGGUCCGCAAGACCUGAGUUCGUGGCUUAACUUCGAUGAGGAUGGCUUGCAAGACCAUGAUUCAAUAGGUCUAGAGAUCCCAAUGGAUGAUCUCUCUGAUUUGAAAUUUGCAUUCUAAAUAUUGCAUUAAGCCAAGUUAGGUCAGUAAUUCAGCAGCCCAUCAGAACAGUGAAAGUGUAAUUAUGUUUCAUUCUUCUGUAUGUAUAAAACCAAUUAUCCAACCGACCUUGGUCGGUCUAUGUUUUUGCCUCCACCGAGGCUUGUUAAAUAUAGGAAUUGUCACUA